AUGGUCCUCCUAGUGUUCAACGGGCCCAGUGCUGGUUCCACUCAGAACUCGCUGUAUGGGCUGCUGGUGCUGAUGGGCGUGGUGGGGAACACGUUGGUCGCAGGGACCCUGUCCUGGGCGUUCCUGCAGCAGAGAUUCAUCGAGCAGUCUGACUUCAUCCUGCUCAACAUGACACUGUCCAACCUGCUCGUCUCCUUCUUCAGAAACAUCCUGCUGUUUCUCUCAAGUCUUGGCAUGGAGGCGUUCCUGUCUCAGAGCUGGUGUAAGAUCUUCAUGUGUUUGUGGGUGUGGUUCCGCUCUGUCAAUAUCUGGAUGACGUUCUGUCUCAGCGUAUUUCAUUUCGCUGUGAUUCGCCGGAACAAACCCGCACCCUCCGCAGGCCUCACCGCUAGCCACGCCUCCCAGGAGCUGCGACGCCUCCUAUUGGUCAUCGGGCUGGUCUGGGUCAUCAACCUGAUCUACACCCUGCUGCUGUUAAUGUUCUCCACCACGGGGAUCCGCAACAGCACUGAGACCCUCAUGGUGAUCAGCAGCAGCACACGCCCUGUGCUGGGCUGUGUGUGGAAUUUCCCCUCUCAGUACAGCAGGCUGGCCUUUGCCACAGUGUCCCUGGUGAUGCACGAAGCUCUGCCCAUCGUGCUGAUGCUGGGCACUAACCUGGCCACGCUGUACCGGCUGCACACGCACGGGCGCAGCGUGGGCGUCGUCCAGGAGAGCUUGUUCAGGAGGGUGCCAGCCAAGCGCAAGGCAGCCAAG